UGUUAAAAUACUACUACUACUACAUGAACUACUACUACUAUUACAACUAUAUAUAUGUAUAUGUAUCAAUAUAAUACAUAGGCUGUGUUCGCUAGUUGGAUACCAGAAAUCACAGAACUGGCUGCCCAAAGAAGCAAAUAUGGUGGAACUUAUAACAAGGAUCCUAGAAAAAGACAUAUUGUGGUCUGUGGUCACAUAACAUACGAAUCGGUGUCACAUUUUCUCAAGGAUUUUCUGCAUGAAGAUCGUGAAGAUGUCGAUGUUGAAGUGGUAUUUUUACAUCGCAAGGAGCCAGAUCUGGAACUAGAAGGAUUAUUAAAACGUCAUUAUACAACAGUGGCGUUUUUUCAGGGAACCAUGAUGAAUGCCGUCGAUUUGGAACGAGUCAAGGUUCAUGAAGCUGAUGCCUGUUUAGUGCUUGCCAAUAAAUAUUGUCAGGAUCCAGAUGCUGAAGAUGCUGCCAAUAUUAUGCGUGUCAUUUCAAUAAAGAAUUACAGUGAUGAUAUCAGAGUUAUUAUUCAAUUAAUGCAAUAUCAUAAUAAGGCUUAUCUAUUAAAUAUUCCAUCGUGGGAUUGGAAACAGGGUGAUGAUGUCAUCUGUUUGGCUGAGUUAAAAUUGGGUUUUAUCGCACAAAGUUGUUUAGCUCCUGGAUUUUCUACUAUGAUGGCGAAUCUGUUUGCUAUGCGUUCAUUUAAAACCUCACCAGAUACUCAGGCCUGGCAAAAUGAUUAUCUUCAAGGUACAGGGUGUGAGAUGUAUACCGAAACCCUAUCACCUUCAUUUACCGGCAUGACAUUUCCACAAGCCAGCGAAUUAUGUUUUUCGAAAUUAAAACUAUUAUUGUUGGCAAUCGAAAUCAAGGGCAAUGAAGAUGGAGCUGAUAGUAAAAUCUCUAUUAAUCCUAGAGGCGCUAAAAUUCAAGCGAAUACACAAGGAUUUUUCAUAGCACAAAGUGCAGAUGAAGUAAAAAGAGCGUGGUUCUAUUGUAAAGCCUGUCACGAAGACAUUAAAGACGAGACUUUAAUUAAAAAGUGCAAAUGUAAAAACUUGGCAGUUCAACCCCGGAACAAGUUUGAUGAUUUAGAUGUGGGCAUGAUUAUGAUGCAGACCGGAAUGGUGAAUCAAGGCAUAUCCUCAGUCAUUAACCAAAUGGAGGAUGAUCACCAUCCUGCACCCACUUUUACACCACCAGAACUACCGAAAAGGGUGCAUGUGCGUCGAUCAAUAUCGGGUGAUAUAACCAGAGAUCGUGAAGAUAUGAAUCUACUAAAUCGCCAUACACGACGACCGAAUGGUUCCACUGGUAUGGGACCAGGAAAUGGUACAACAGCCUUACAUUCUGCUGGCACCGUUAAGCAGGUGAACAAAGUUAAACCAACUGUAAAUAGACAACAACUGGAAGGACAAGUCAUGUCUCCAUCCCAAUACAAUCGGCCUCCCGAAAAUGAAGCUAAUCCUUAUGCGGGCUAUCAACUUGCUUACGAAGUUAAAAAGCUCAUGCCCACGAGUCGUAGUACGGGUACAUCACAAAAUCAAAAUGGAGGUGUAACACUGCCGGCCGGUAUUGCGGAUGAUCAAUCGAAAGAUUUUGAUUUUGAAAAGACCGAAAUGAAAUAUGAUUCAACGGGUAUGUUCCACUGGAGUCCCGCCAAGAGUCUAGAAGACUGUAUACUGGAUCGUAAUCAAGCGGCCAUGACAGUUUUAAAUGGUCAUGUCGUUGUAUGCCUUUUCGCCGAUCCUGACUCACCUCUGAUUGGUUUACGAAAUUUAGUCAUGCCUCUGCGUGCUUCAAACUUUCACUACCAUGAAUUGAAGCAUGUGGUCAUUGUGGGAUCAGUUGAUUACAUAAGGCGGGAAUGGAAGAUGUUACAAAAUCUGCCGAAAAUUUCGGUGUUAAAUGGUUCUCCGUUAAGUAGAGCCGAUUUAAGAGCCGUAAAUGUUAACCUAUGCGACAUGUGUUGCAUACUAUCGGCCAAAGUUCCUAGCAAUGAUGAUCCUACAUUGGCCGACAAAGAGGCUAUUUUGGCAUCAUUGAAUAUAAAAGCCAUGACAUUUGACGAUACCAUCGGAGUGCUGAGUCAACGGGGUCCAGAAUUUGACAAUCUAACGGCUGCGGCGGGCAGCCCGAUAGUGUUGCAGCGUCGCGGUUCCGUUUAUGGGGCAAAUGUCCCAAUGAUAACAGAACUUGUCAACGAUAGUAAUGUGCAGUUUCUCGAUCAAGACGAUGACGAUGAUCCCGACACCGAACUCUACCUAACACAGCCAUUCGCUUGCGGCACAGCAUUUGCUGUCAGUGUCUUAGAUUCGUUAAUGUCCACGACAUAUUUCAAUCAAAAUGCCUUGACCUUAAUUAGAUCGUUGAUAACAGGAGGUGCUACACCGGAACUAGAAUUGAUAUUGGCAGAAGGAGCCGGUUUAAGAGGAGGUUAUAGUACGCCGGAAAGUUUAAGUAAUAGAGAUAGAUGCCGAGUGGGUCAAAUAUCAUUGUAUGAUGGUCCUUUAGCGCAAUUUGGUGAAUGCGGCAAAUAUGGCGACUUAUUUGUGGCAGCAUUGAAAUCAUAUGGCAUGUUAUGUAUUGGCCUUUACAGAUUUCGUGACACAAGCUCCAGUUGUGAUGCCAGUAGCAAACGUUAUGUCAUAACAAACCCACCCGAUGACUUUUCACUACUGCCAACAGAUCAGGUAUUCGUUUUAAUGCAGUUUGAUCCGGGUCUGGAGUAUAAACCACCUGCGGUACGUGCGCCUACCGGCGGCCGCAGUACUACAACACAAGGCUCCGGGGUCGGUGGGGGCGGUUCAAAUAAGGAUGAUAAUUCCUGAUUGUUACUGUGUAGCGCCUUAACUGAUGGUCCUUACUCGUACAUUUGAACGUUGGAGAUUUCUUUUAUGCGCAAACUGACACAAUUUUGGCACAAAACCAUAGGCAUAUUUUUUACACAAAUUAGGCAAUUACUGCAUCUUAUUAAGCAGAACUAAAUUAUUUAAUUCUACAACAAAAUUAUUCGAAAUUUUAACAAAUUUUUUUAUAUAUAAAAAUAUAUAUUCAGAUUAUCGCCAAAAAUGUGUCUUUUUGUGCAUUUUAUAUUUAUUUAAACAUGAUUUAUAAUAAUUUUAAACGCAAUAUUAAACGGGAAUACUUAAAUGAGAAAAAAAUUGUAUUCUUUAUUAAAGUAUUAAAGAAAAACAACAAAAAAAUCAUGUUUAACUAAAUAUAAUUGUAUACAUCUAAACAAGAAUAGAAAAAAAUCUCUUAAAACAACAUUUACCAACGUUCAAUUGUUUAAAUUAUUGCUUCCCACACCAUUCCGUUAGCCCUAUUUAGAACCUCAACUAACAUGACAUUUUAGUUUUUUUUUUUAUUUAAAACCGUAAUAAAUCUAUCUUUCACUCUCUAUCAUUAUAUAUCUUUGAACUAUCCUGUUAACCUUUUCAAUUGCUUACUUGAAUUAACGUUUAUUGAUAUUUAAAUAAUUAGUUAGUUUGUCUUUUAAAUAAAAAAAAAAAUAUAUUAUUUUAUAAGAUUUUAAAAAUUUUUGUUGUAGUCGUCUGG